AUGGCCUCUCCGAUUCCAAACUCAGGAACACCUCAUCAAGGUGGAAUCGUGGAUACGCCUGAUGGCGAUUGGUGGUACAUGUCUUUCUUGGACGCCUACCCCAGUGGACGCAUCCCGGUUCUUGCGCCGCUGACGUGGGAUGAAGAGGGAUGGCCUCACAUCGUGACCGAUGAAGCUGGCGGCUGGGGCAAGACUUAUCCGAUACCUAUUCAGACCGAUAAGACGGUUGAUGCAGCUGGCGAAUACACCGACAAAUUCGACGGGUCCAAGCUUUCCCCUGAGUGGGCUUUCAAUCACAAUCCCGACAACACAGCCUGGAAGCUAGGUGCUGAAGGGCUCACACUCCGUACUGCAACUGUUACCGACGACCUCUACAGUGCGCGCAAUACCCUCGCCCAUCGAAUCUUGGGGCCAAAGAGCAGUGGCACAUUCCGCCUCAACCUUGGCAACAUGACUGAUGGCGACGUGGCUGGCGUGUCAAUCUUCCGCGACGAGUCGGCUUACAUCGGUUUCCGAAAAGAGGGUAGCUCUCUUAAGCUCAUCGCUGUGCACGACAUUGUCGCUUCUGAAAGUUCUGGCUGGCAAACCACUUCCAACGGUACCGUUGUUGCUACGGCGAGCGAAACCGAUAUUGACUUGUCUGAAGUCGCCAAUGGAAUCACGGACAUCUACCUCCGGAUUGUCGCAGAUUUGCACCCGACCUUCGGAGUCGACGCGAAUAACCCAGCCCAGUUGCUCUAUUCCACCGACGGAAAGAACUUUACACAGCUAGGCCCCGAUUACUGGUGCCACAACAGAUGGCAAUACUUCUUGGCUUUCCGUUUCGCGGUUUUCAACUACGCUACGAAGUCAUUGGGUGGUUCGGUAGUCGUAAAGGAGUUCACUCUUCAAUUAGUCGAGUAG